GCUCGGACGAUAGUUGGCGAGGCGACGCGAGUCAGUUGUCGGCGAGCUCGUGGGCCGUUAUGAUCUCCGUGGUACAGGGGUCCUCCCUACUGUCGUGCCGAGGGAUGAUGAGGGAAACACGUCUGAGAUCGCUCAGUAACUCGUGUACAGUUGUCGGACCUUCAUGUGCAUAAAUGUGUAAACGUAAACUAAUUGAUUUAAUUUUGAUCACUAGGCUUAGUCAAACCUCCAAAUUUGUAAAGUGUAAGUUAUAGGUGAAUUUAAUAAACUAAAAACAAUGUGGAUUUUCCUGGUGAUUCUGUGGAUGUUUUGCGAGACACAACUGCUUGAGUGCUACAUGAUAUCUUCGUUGUACCCAAAUAUUACUCUGGAGGAAAAAGUUCCCACCUCGGACGCUCAGGCAGUGUCUGGCUACAGAGCAGGCAUCCCAUGUGACCUCAGGCCUCCCUCCAGAGAUGACAGCGCCCUCCUCGUCAUCUGGUACAAGAAUGACACCAAGAAACCCAUAUACAGCUACGACGUGAGGGAUGACAAGCCCCGCCAUUGGUCAGAUGUGGCUGUCCUCGGUACACGAGCCAAGUUCCUCCCAGACUCCACACCGGCUGAGCUACGUCUCACUCCGGUCAAGGAGACGGAUGCCGGGGUCUACCGCUGCAGGGUUGACUUCCAAAAGUCACCUACUAGGAAUGCCAAAGUCAAUUUUACAGUCAUCAUGCCGCCAGAGAAGAUAACUGUGGUAAACGACAAAGGUGAGCCGGUAGAAGAGAGAUUCCUGGGGCCUUUCAACGAGGGGGCCUCUGUCAAUAUUACCUGUGUGGCUACGGGAGGGAGGCCGCAGCCACGAGUCUCGUGGUGGAGGAACAGCGAGCUUAUUGACAACUCGUACGAGGUGUUGUCUGAGCGAAGAGUCCGCAACACGCUGCAUCUAGAGAACCUCAAGCGGCAAAGUAUACACGACACUUACACGUGUCAAGCGUCCAACAACAAUCAGGUCCAUCCGCUGUCUGCCAACCUCAGUGUCAGGAUGAACUUAAAGCCAUUGUGGGUAAAGAUACUUGGAGAGAACCGAUCGUUCUCGGCGGAACAGAGGGUAGAUGUGUCUUGUGAGGCUGUUGGAGCAAGACCUCCACCACGUAUCACCUGGUGGAAGGGCAGCAACCAGCUCAAGACUUCCAGACAGUCGACGACAAAGGACGAGAACGUGACUAUUAGCUCAUUGUCCUUUGUCCCAGGGAUGGAAGAUUCCGGGAAGUUCCUUACUUGCAGGGUCGGAACAACCCCUCACAUUGUCGAGGAUGGUUGGAAACUCAACAUUCAUCAUGUUCCCGUGGUAACUCUUGAGCUAGGCAAUAACCAGAAUGUCAGUUCCGUGGUCGAAGGCAUGGAUGUGAUCUUUGAGUGCAACAUUAAGUCCAAUCCGUGGGUCUACAAAGUUACAUGGAGACACAAGGGAGAAACUCUGCACAACAACGUGGGGUCUGGGAUGUUUCUAAUCAACAACCAGAGCCUAUUCCUGCAAGCGGUGACCAGGGAGAGAGCUGGAAUCUAUACCUGUGUCGCCAGCAACACUGAGGGAGACGGCGAGAGCAACCCCAUCCUACUUGACGUUAAAUACGCACCGUUAUGUAACAGCCCCAGGUCGGCGUCACUAGGGGUGGGGCGCAACGAGACUACCAAAGUGCAAUGUGACGUAGACGCUAACCCAGCUGACGUCAUGUUCAGUUGGAAGCUGCAAGGUUCUAAGCGCCUCACAGCGCUUCAGCCAAACCUGGUGACGUCAGAUGGUACCCGCAGUGUGUUGACGUUCACUCCUAGAGCUGUGGACGAGUACGGCACACUUCUGUGUCUGGCAACCAACGACGUGGGCUCCAUGAGAACACCUUGUGCUUUCGUGCUGACCCCUUCAGGUAAUCCAGACAGCUUGCAAAACUGUUCAAUAACGAAUCAGACGUCGGAUUCACUGCAAAUCGAAUGUGAAGAUGGGUUCGAUGGUGGCUUGGAGCAACAGUUCAUCAUAGAGGUCUAUGCAGCGGAGAAGCGCGAGCUUGUGAGAAAUCUAACGUCAAAGGAGCCAUGGUUCAACGUAGGAGGUCUGGAAGAAGGCAUCAGUUUUGACAUUGUGAUGUACGCGUAUAACAGCAAAGGUCGAAGUGCGACUGCCCAUCUCCACGCGUACGCUGUCAAAACUGCCGAGAGACAUAUGAGCGACACGGGUCCAAGGAUCAACCCGGUUCUGGAGACGCUGACGCCGUUGGCAGGCGCACUGCUGGGGCUCGUGGUGACGUUGGUGACAGUUACGUUGGCAGUACUGCUAGCGCUGAGGCAACGUCAGCGGAGUCGUCAGCAAGCGGAGAAACAAAGCAUCGAGUCCAGCAAACACAGUGACAGCCAAGACAGCUUAGAGAAAAACCCCGACAUCAUACCUCUCAACACAGAAUAUCAAAUCAUGGAGAAAUCUGCCCUAGAUAAAAACGCUAGCCUGUACACACUACCAGUAAAGCCACCUAUCCCUCAAUUCCAGGCAAGUAACAAACAUAACUGUGAUAUGCAUAGUAGAAACAUCUUUAAUGUUCCUACAAUGAUAUUUUUAAGAUCAUGA